GCUGCGCGCGCAUCCUCAAUGGCGACGCUUCCUUUCUCGCCGAGCAGAACACGUGCGUAAGGAGAGACAAAGUCCGUCACAUCGAAAAAGCCGAAAAUGGACAAGCCUGUGGUUCGAGCACGCGUGAUCAAGGUUCUGGGAAGAACUGGAUCCCAGGGCCAGUGCACGCAGGUCAAGGUCGAGUUCCUGGGAGAGCAGAACCGACAGAUCAUCAGGAACGUGAAAGGCCCGGUACGUGAAGGGGACGUCCUAACCUUACUGGAGUCCGAACGUGAGGCGAGAAGGCUUCGAUAAGAAGACCGUUCGAGGAAGAACAUCGCCGUCCACUGAUAUCACCGGGACGAGCAGACAUUUUCCACCUGUCGGCGAGGAUCCCGUGGCCCAUGCUCACGAGGAUGCCAAGAAGAGGUUAUCUCCCGACCCUUGUCUCUCCAUUAUGCAGCGUGCACUCCACGAACGUUAAAUAAAUUAAGGUCUGAUCAUUUUCAACAA